CCCCCGAUCUCAAUCCAAUCGAGCAUCUGUGGGAUGUGCUGAACAAACAAGUCCGACCCAUGGAGGCUCCACCUCGCAGGACUUAAAGGAUCUGCUGCUAACAUCUUGGUAUAACUCCAUGUUGACUUUCAUGUCGUUUAAAAAACAAUUGGAUGCUUGUAUCAAGUGCUACAGAGAGUUCUUCAAUGCCUGAGAUCCAUUUACAUGAUUGAAACAUUUGUUUCACUGUGCUUUUAUCACAUUUUAAAGCCACACUUAUGCUAAUCGAAUUGCUUUCCGGCCUCUCAAGUGACCCUCUUUGGAAGCUGUUUGUAUAGCUGUCGGGGCCUAGACAAGAAAUCCUGGUUUAAGAGCCCAAGGGUUAAUUUGCACUUCAUAAUUAAAGAAUGACAAAUAUAAAGGGGUUUUAGAGGAAUUUACCAGCACAACUGCUGGAACUAAUGGAAGCUAAAGGAGCUGCACCAUGCAGUGCCACUAAAUUGGAUUUCACAGAUGCACCAUUAUUUCAGUAUCAAUGUCAUGCAUGUGUGUGUGAAACACAGGGGCAAAGUGACUGCUAUCGUCUUGCUCUGGUGCACAGCUGAGAAAGUGCUCACAGGGCUAAAGUUGGUCUUUUGUGUCAGUAGGGAAAUGACUCACGCAGGAAAAGAAGACCACGUCUCUGACAGUGAGUGUAAUUAAGAAUUUUUUUAAACCCAGAACGCGGACUUGGUAAGUGUGUUUAGGAAGAGGAGGCGUACUGUACAUGAUGUGCAAUUUAAAAAAACUGUAGUGUAAUUAGGGUGUUUAUUCGUAAUGCCUUUAACGUCAUGUUCUUGGCUGAUAGAGGCAUUCACAAUGGUCUCUCUUUGCUUGUAGAAAAUCAUGCCUCAUAAAAGGAGACAGUAUAUAAUGUAUAUAUGUGAGGCACAGCCACUGGGUAGGAUAGGAAAGCUUUGAAGAAUAACGUGCUUGAUCUUUGCCUAGAGUGGAUAGCAAUAGAUGCUGUCCAUGGUUCUGAAACCACCGAACAGUGCAAGUGCACAGUACUAUAGUCAAAAAUUGUGAACAGAAUUCCUAUUGAAAUUCAUCAGUCGAUGUCAGUCCUGAAGAACCUUAAUGAGAAUUUACUCAUAGUAUAACAAAAACUAAAUCUUUUAGAACAGAGAACUGACUUAUUUUAAUCUGGGGUCCAAACGACAUUGGAUCCCAUUGGCACAAACACUGCAACAUUUUUCAAAAUAUCUUUUAUGUUCCAAAGACAAUCAAACAGAUUUGCAGAUUUGAGAAUGUCUAACCAUUCUUAAAACAAGUUAAUUUGCAAAAUUAAUUUUACGCUUAAAAAAACCUGCCAAUGGAACCAAAAAUACUUGUAUUCAAGAUGGAUUCUCUGAAAUCAAGUAAUAAUGCUUUAUGCAGUUUUGAUUCUUGAGUAAAUGUAUCUUGCUUCUCAUUGGUUAGAUCAUUUGCGCAUUUGAAAACAACUAUUCAAGCAGAGCAUAUACAGAAUCGUAUGAUUGCCUAAAAUAAUAAGACAAUAUUAUUUGUACUUGCACAGACGGACAGAGAAAAUGAUUUAUUGCACAAUGUAUGCAAUUGUUGAUAUACUUCAGUUAGAUUCUCACAAAGGUAAGUUCUCAUAUCUGUUUAUCUGUGCGAGGCCAGCGCGAGUGCGCAACAGUUGACGUGCGCGCCUGACGGGGACGCGCCGUUCGUUUGGAAAGUCAUAGAACAGAAACUCUGCGCGCUCAGUCUCAGUGCAAGGACUUGACUUAACAUCUUCAUGGAGUUCCCCACAGGAAGAAGUCAUUUCAUGCGUUUCAGGUAUUGCACGGGAAGCUUCAAAGAUGAGCGCACUCCUCCGGCGUUUGGAGACUCCAAUGGGAAGGUUAUUCUGCCGCGCGCUGAAGUUAACGCGACCCUAAAGGGAUGAAAACUCACUUGUCGUCAUCGUCAGCGGGAGAGGGUUCACAUGAUGACUUCAGACCUGUUGCUGGAUCUCCAAAUGUCCUCGAUCUGACAAUGGUUACCUGCUUCAACUCCUCUAGCUCCAACAGCACGACCGUCAGCUCGGAUGUGGCUCCGUUCCCCGGGUACACGAUGGUCAUUCUGGCGAUCCUAAUGACUACCCUGGUGGUCGUGGUGGUGGUCGGGAACGCGUUGGUUAUUCUCGCUUUCGUCGUGGACAAGAGCCUCAGAAAUCAAUGCAAUUACUUCUUCCUCAAUUUGGCUAUAUCAGACUUCCUUGUUGGGGCUUUUUGCAUCCCGGUCUAUAUGCCCUAUAUCCUGACGGGCAGGUGGAUGCUGGGCCGUGGACUCUGCAAGCUGUGGCUUGUGAUGGACUACUUGUUGUGCACGGCUUCCGUCUUCAAUAUCGUUUUAAUCAGCUAUGAUCGAUUCCUGUCUGUUACCAGAGCUGUGAGGUACCGAGCCCAGCAAGGUGUCACUCGUCUGGCAGUGGUCAAGAUGUUGGCGGUGUGGGUUUUGGCAUUCCUCCUCUAUGGUCCAGCUAUCAUCUUCUGGGAACUGAUGGUCGGAGAAAGCAUUGUUCCAGAGGACGAAUGUUUCGCCGAGUUCUACUGCACCUGGUACUUCCUGCUCUCCGCAUCUACCUUCGAGUUCUUCUCACCUUUCAUCUCCGUGGCCUUCUUCAACUUCAGCAUCUAUCUCAACAUUCAGCGGCGGAACCGGAGUCGCAUGGCACACGUGGAGGCUGAGAAGGAGGACGGCUGGAGGGUCAUCGACGGACAGGCCUCGUCCGUCUUCUUCGUCAAAACGCGCAAGGUGUCCUCCAGCGGGCCGGCGGCUGUUUCGGCCGUGAUCGAAGACGACGAGGAGGUUUCACCGUCAUCCAGUGGAGAUCCCAGCAGCACCCACUCCGUGUCUUUGACAAUGAAGACGACCAUUAAGAAACGAGGACUCUUGAGCCGUUGGGUAAGGACGCGCAUAAUACGAGCGCAGGAAGCAUCAAAUGCAUGCGCGCCUUGCAAAAGCGGAGGACAAGCACGCCUCUCUCGAGAUAAGAAGAUUGCCAAGUCCUUGGCAGUCAUAGUGUGUGUUUUUGGGGUGUGUUGGGCACCGUACACCCUCCUUAUGAUCAUACGGGCUGCCUGCAGUGGCACUUGUGUGGAACAUCAUUGGUACGAAGUCACUUUCUGGCUCCUUUGGCUCAACUCGGCCAUCAACCCUUUCCUCUACCCACUUUGCCAUAGUAGCUUUCGUCGGGCCUUCGCCAAGAUUUUGUGCCCCAAGCGGCAGUCUGUUCGACCACAUGAGGAAAGCCCUUCCUGCCAAUGAUAAUCUGACAGCAACAGAAGGGAUUUAACAGUUUCACACUGAAUACUGUAGGAUUACAUAAAAGCACCAAGGCAAGAAAGCGAAAAACAUUUACGCCCAAGCAAUUCAGCAAUGGAAAUCCAUGUCAUUACUUGAUGGAGUAGCAUGUUUUAUUCUUCUUUGAUGAAACUUCCAUAAGAAAAAUAAAUGAAUUGUGAAGAACUGCAUGAACAAUUGACCUUUAAUUGAUUGAUAUGAACAGUGCAACCAAGCUGUUGUUAUACGUUCAUCUCUUGUCUUGAAGUAACAUAGGAACAGAGAUGUUUCACUCUUGUUAGCUAAUGUAAGUUGCAUGUUUUGGGACAUCUGUGGUGAAAAGUGAUGCAGAUUGUUUUCAGAACAUAUUCAGUUGACUGUUUUGCCCAUAUCAACAUUAUUUAUUGACUUCUGUAAAUUCCACUCCAUUGACUCACAUGGUUCAGCGGAGAAGAGCUGAUCUACGUGAGAUGCAUUACAACUCAAGAAAAAUACAAGGUGUGCUCCUCUGCUAGAUAUGUGAGCUUCACAGUCAGGUCUAUAUUACCUGCUAUGGACAAGACUGAAACUAAUAAUGUUUUAUAAUGGAAGUUUUGUGGAAUUUUUGUGAAAUGUGAUUUAAGUUAUUUAUAUAUCUGUUUACAAUACAGAAAGCAAGGAAUUUUAAAGGGUUAAUUUACUCGAAAAUGUGAUCUAAAGAUUUAUUGCAGAUUUUCCAUGGUAUUUUUUCUCAAGUCUUCAAUUCCCAUCAUUUUUAUAAGAUGAAAAUCAAUUCAUAUAUGAUGAGAACUGGAAUGUAGCACAAGAGUCAUAUGGAAAAAUUUUUAUGGUGCUUUUUUGUGAAAUAUAGAUUGUAGCCCUAAUCCCCAUUAUGAAAAAUGAACUCUCUAGACAUUCUGCAAUGUCUCUCUUUGUGUUUCAUGGAAGAAAUAAAGUCAUUCAGCUUUGGAACGACAUAAGAGUGAGCUAGUGAUGAAACAAUUUCAAUGUUUGGGUGUACUAUCCCUUUAAGAUGUGUUUUUGUUUUUUUUUAUUUUAAAAAACAGAUUUUUUUACGAGUAUACAGGUGCUGGUCAUAUAAUUAGAAUAUGGGGUAACACUUUACUUGAA